GCUUCUCACACUCGAUUGCAGGCGGAAAAUCCCUCUCACGAUGACUUUCGCUCGUCUUUGAUGAAUUGACCGCGGAUAGGUUUGCUGCGCCACCCCUUCACGCGGCACCCAUGCAAGCCCCAAGACGCGGGCGAUGGGUCUCAAACACGCGGGCACGCGCGCGCCCCACGCGCUCACGCCUCACGCAGCAUCAACGGCGACCGUUGCUGCCCCCGGUUGGGUCGCGCGUGUCUGCUGCCCGCCUUGUUUCUGCGGUGCACAACAGGAGCACAACGCUUUUUCAAAGGGGGCGCGCCAUGCCAACGCCAAAUCUCACCUUUACCCUCGCCUCAUCGCCUUUACCCCAUCACACCAUCGCAACUCGGCCACUUCUCGCAAGCACAUCGAGCUAUUGAAGCGUUUCCUCAUCACAGAACUGCGCUUUCGUCGCAGGGUUGCCACGCUUUCGAGCGGGCGCCCUUACUCGGCGAGCAGACCAUCCAUCUCACCCCACAGCAGCAAGCGUUUCGGGUCGUCGUCGAGCCAAGCACUGCUCUGCGAAACCUUUUUUGCUGGUGCCUCCUCUGGUACAGCGACUCGCUCAGGACUGCUGCGACCACGGCGCUAGUCGGUAGCCGCACUCGAGGCUCUUCCCCUCGUCGAGCUGCAACAUCUUCCAGGCCUUUCACCAUGCUGGAUUGUAGUAACCUCUGAGUGCUUGGCCUACCAGGCCUCAGCGCUUUUGGGCGCACACAUCGCAGCGCCUCUCCUCGCACCAAAGGUCCUUACAUCGCCUUGCUCACAUCCGCACCUCCGACUGCUUGGCGUCGCGCUCCUCGAGACCGCUUUGCCACCCAGGUCACCG